AUGGCGCGGGCUGCGGGCGCGCGGAGCCGGGCUCGCUGGGGACGCCGCGCGCUGUUGGUCGCCGCAGCCUGGACCGCGGGCUGGGUGCUGGCGGCCGCGUUGUUGCUCCGCGCGCGCCCGCCCGGCCUCCCCGAGCGUUGCAGCGACCAGAAGAGCCGGCACAUCCUGGCCGCGCUGUGCCGGGAAUACCAGGGCGGUGCGCUCACGGGGGACCUGUGCGAAGACCUGUGUGUGACCCGCGAGCUGGUGUACCAGCGCUGCCUGUACUACGAGCGGGGCAAGAAGGUCCUGCAGGCAGACUGGCGGGGCCGGCCCGUCAUCCUUAAGUCCAAGAAGGAGGCCUUCUCCAGCUUCCAGCCUCUGGGCCUGCUGGAGGACGUAGCCGCUGAGGAGGGCCAGGGCUUCCCCGAGGCUGAGCUCCUGUUCAUGGUGGCCGGCGAGGUCAAGAGUGCCCUGGGCCUGGAGCUGGCUAACAGCAGCCUGGGGCCGCUGUGGCGGGGUCGGCGGGGUCCUGGCUGGCACGGACAGGUGGCCAGCCUGUGGGCGUUGGUGCAGCAGGAGGAGUUUCUCUACCUGAGCCUGUUGCACGGUCUGAGCCGCCACGUGCUGCCCAUCCUGGGCUCCUGCGGCCACUUCUAUGCUGUGGAGCUGCUGGCCGCAGGCAGUCCGCACCUGCACGCGCUCUUCCCGCUGGGCGAGGCUGUGGAGGCCCGCGGGCGCCAGGCCUGGGCCGUGGGCAGCAUCGCGCUCAGCUUCCUGGACAUGGUGCAGCACUUUGACCACGACUUCUCCCACCGCCUGCACCUCUGCGAUGUCAAGCCUGAGAACUUCGCCAUCCGGAGUGACUUCACGGUAGUGGCGAUUGAUGUGGACAUGGCCUUUUUUGAACCUAAAAUGAGGGAAAUUCUUGAGCAGAAUUGCACAGGAGACGAAGAUUGCAAUUUCUUUGACUGUUUUUCAAAGUGUGAUUUGCAAGCCAACAAGUGCGGAGCCCAGCGAGUCAACAGCAACCUGCAGGUCAUCUGCGACAAGAUCUUUCGCCAUUGGUUUUCCUCACCUCUCAAGGGCUCUGGGGUCUCCUUCCAGCUGCAGCAGCAGUUACAGGAGGCAGUGCAGGAGUGUGCAGACCCCAGAGGCGCUGCGGUCCCCCAGAGCCCUGCCCCUGGCAUCUUCUGGAAGCUCCGGAGCCUGCUGCAGGCCUCACGGCAGGACCUGGAGGCAGCCAAGCCAUAG